AUGAAGUCGCGGCGGGACAGGCUGAAAAUCCCCUCGCUGACCUUGGACUUGUCUCCGAGCAGCCAGAGCCCGACGCUGCUGAGCCCCUGCAGCCCCUGCAGCCCCUGCAGCCCCUUACUAACCCUGCACCCCUGGAGUUGCCGAAGCAGCAAUAGGAAGAGCUUAGUGGUGGGCACCCCCUCUCCGACCCUCUCGCGGCCUCUCUCCCCCCUCUCUGUGCCAACAGCCGGGAGCAGCCCCUUGGACAGCCCACGCAACUUCUCUGCCAGCACCUCCAUCAACUUCCCCUUCGCCCGCAGCCAUGCUCCUCGGACUGACAGGGCUGAUGGCAGAAGGUGGUCACUGGCUUCGCUACCCUCCUCUGGCUAUGGGACCAACACCCCCAGCUCCACUGUCUCGUCGUCUUCAUCCUCCCAGGAGCGCCUGCACCAGCUGCCGUACCAGCCCACCCCUGAUGAGCUGCAUUUCCUUUCUAAGCAUUUCCGCAGUACGGAGAGCGUCACGGACGAGGAGGGGCGGCACUCGCCCUGCCUGCGCCCACGAUCCAGGAGCCUCAGCCCUGGACGGACGAGUGGAACAUUUGAUAACGAGGUUGUGAUGAUGAACCAUGUCUACAAGGAGCGGUUCCCCAAGGCCACAGCCCAAAUGGAAGAGCGUCUGCAGGACACCAUCACAAACUUCUCUCCGAGCAGCACUUUGCUGCUGGCAGAUGGGGUGCUGGGCUUCAUCCACCACCAGAUCAUCGAGCUGGCCCGUGACUGCCUGGCAAAGUCCCAGGGAGCUCUCAUCACCUCCCGCUACUUCAUGGAGCUGCAGGAAAAACUCGAGAAGAUGCUCCGAGAUGCUCAGGAGCGCUCAGAGAGCGAGGAGGUGAAGUUCAUCGACCAACUGGUGAGGAAGCUGCUGAUCAUCAUUUCCCGACCUGCUCGCCUUCUGGAGUGCCUGGAGUUUGACCCGGAGGAGUUUUACCAUCUCCUGGAAGCUGCAGAAGGACACGCCAAAGUUGGCCAGGGAAUAAAGACCGAUAUUCCCCGAUACAUCAUCAGCCAACUGGGGCUCGUCAAGGACCCGCUGGAGGAAAUGGUGCAGCUGGAUCACUUCGACAGCGGGAACACCAUCACACCAGAGAACGAUGACGCCUGUGAGAGCCAGCCUUCGGCCACCGCUCCUCGGAGGAAGCCCUGCGAGGGGGACUUUGAGACUAUCAAGCUGAUCAGCAAUGGGGCUUACGGGGCCGUGUACCUGGUGAGGCACAGGGAGACGCGGCAGCGCUUCGCCUUGAAGAAAAUCAACAAGCAGAACCUCAUCCUGAGGAACCAGAUCCAGCAGGUGUUCGUGGAGAGGGAUAUCCUCACCUUCGCGGAGAACCCCUUCGUGGUCAGCAUGUUCUGCUCCUUCGAGACAAAGCGACACCUGUGCAUGGUGAUGGAGUACGUAGAAGGGGGGGACUGUGCCACGUUGCUGAAGAACAUGGGCCCGCUGCCCGUCGACAUGGCGAAGAUGUACUUUGCCGAGACUGUUCUCGCGCUGGAGUAUCUCCACAACUACGGCAUCGUCCACCGGGACCUCAAACCCGACAAUUUGCUCAUCACCUCCAUGGGCCACAUAAAGCUGACAGACUUCGGUCUGUCAAAGAUCGGCUUGAUGAACAUGACCACGAACCUCUACGAAGGGCAUAUGGAGAAGGACACUCGGGAGUUCAUGGACAAGCAGGUGUGUGGCACUCCGGAGUACAUCGCCCCAGAAGUCAUCCUCAUACAGGGCUAUGGGAAGCCCGUCGACUGGUGGGCCAUGGGCAUCAUCCUCUACGAGUUCCUGGUGGGCUGCGUCCCCUUCUUCGGAGACACCCCCGAGGAGCUCUUCGGGCAGGUCAUCAGUGAUGAGAUUAUGUGGCCGGAAGGGGACGAGGCUCUUCCUGCAGACGCCCAGGACCUGAUCACGCGGUUGCUGAGACAGUGUCCCCUCGAGCGCUUGGGCACCGGGGGUGCGCACGAGGUGAAGCACCAUUCCUUCUUCCUGCACCUGGACUGGAACGGGCUGCUGCGGCAGAAGGCCGAGUUCAUCCCCCAGCUGGAGUCAGAGGACGACACCAGCUACUUCGACACUCGCUCCGAGAGGUACCGCCACUUGGAUUCGGAGGACGAAGAAACCAAUGAUGAGGAAUCGUCCGUGGAGAUCGGGCAGUUCUCAUCCUGCUCCCAUCGCUUCAGCAAGGUGUACAGCAGCUCCGAAUUCCUGGCAGCUCACUCCAACCUCAGCCUCUCGUCUUCCGAUCGGAGUCACAGCGAGGACAAAGAGGAGCGGUGGGACAGGCACUCGGGAGAUGAGGAGAGGAGCCGGCUGGCGGGCACAGAGCCCCGGCUCCGCUCCUGGACGUCCUGCAGCUCCACGCCGUACACCUCCCGGCACGAGCGAAGCCGCAGCCCUGCCGCACUGCCCAGCACCUACAGCCUGGACACCAUGCCCAAGUUUGCCUUCUCCUCGGAGGACGAAAGCCCUUGCGUGGCAUCCUCCAAGCCGGAGAGACCCAAGUUUGUGCUCGGAGACCCCGACACGGGGACCGGCAGCGCGGUGAAGCCAUCGGCGUUAUCCACUGAUCUCGUCAGCCUGAACCGCAUCCGCCUCCGGAGCAACAGCACCGGCACCAAAAACUCAACACCCCGGGGCCUGGAGCCGGGUGGGAGCCGUCAGCUGAGCAGCCAGAAGGACGUGCCGGACAGGCAGAGAGCCUCACCAGGUGGCCGUGUCCCCAAAUCCGCCUCCGUCUCAGCCCUGUCCCUUAUCAUCACAUCAGACGAUUUCAGCGGCAGCGCCCUGAUGAGCCCCAUCUCCCCCCAUUCCCUCUCGUCCAACCCCUCUUCCCGUGACUCCUCCCCGAGCCGAGACUCAUCCCUCGCCAUCGCCAGCCUGCGGCCCCCCAUCAUCAUCCACAGCUCGGGCAAGAAGUACGGCUUCACCCUGCGAGCCAUCCGCGUCUACAUGGGCGACAGCGACGUCUAUACCGUCCACCAUAUGGUCUGGAGCGUGGAAGAGGGGAGCCCUGCACAGGAAGCGGGGCUGAGAGCGGGUGAUCUCAUCACACAUGUGAACGGCGAAUCAGUCCUGGGUUUAGUUCACCGGGACGUUGUGGAGCUGCUGCUGAAGAGCGGGAAUAAAGUGGCCCUGCGGACCACCGCCCUGGAGAACACCUCCAUUAAAAUCGGCCCUGCUCGGAAAAACAGCUCCAAGACGAGGAUGGCACGGAGGAGUAAGAAGAGCAGGAAAAGGGAUGGCCAGGACAGGAGAAAAUCCCUUUUCAAGAAGAUCUCCAAGCAGUCAUCGGUCCUGCACACCAGCCGCAGCUUCUCCUCCGGUCUCCAUCACUCGCUGUCCUCCAGCGAGAGCCUCCCGGAGUCACCCACGCACAGCCUGUCCCCGGGUCCUGCGACCCCCUGCCGCAGUCCCGCUCCCGACCUGCCCCCAGAUGCUGUGUCCCCGCAGAGCACCUCUCCCUCCUCCAGCACCCCAACGUCACCCGCCGGCCACGUGCGCCCCAGCUCCCUGCACGGGCUGGCACCCAAACUGGGUGGGCAACGCUACAAAGUGGGACGUCGCAAAUCCACCAGCAGCAUCCCCCCCUCGCCCCUCGCCUGCACCCCUUCCUCCGCCCAGCGCCCGCCUUCUCCCCAGCGCUCCCCAUCCCCGCUCCCCGGGUACCCCAAAACCCCCCAUUCCUUCCAGGGCAAGACCCUGUCCCCCCCCACCAUCGUCCGGCAGAGCUCGCGACCCCGCAGCGCCGACUGCCCCCGCUCCCCCCUCCUCAAACGCGUCCAGUCGGCCGAGAAGAUCGUCACCAUCCUGGCGGAGAAGAAAACCGGUGGCAGCCGCAAGCUGGGGCUGGAGAUGCCUGCGAUGGAUGGGGAGGCCAUGGGGGAGGGCGAAGCGCCGGCGUACCCCGGGGAGCACGGUUAUCACCCCACCAGCUCCCGGCUUGGGGAGAGGCACGACCGGGACCAGGAGGUGGUGGUCAUGCGGCGCUUGAACCUCUCCGAGCGCCGAGACUCCUUCAAGAAGCAAGAAGCAGUUCAAGAAGUGAGUUUCGAUGAGCCGGAGCCGGUGCCGGCAAGCGAAGACGGCAGCAAGAGCGAAGCCGGGCAGGGUGCAACCCUCCGCUGUGGUGGCAUGGCUGGCGCGGAGCCGAAGCCGAAGCCCAGCCCGGUCCCACAGAUCGCUGUGCAGGGCUCCGAGAGCGAUGAGCAGGAGCUGGCGGCAGCCGAGUGGGAAUGCCAGGGCUCCUACCCCAUUGGCAACGCCGAGCAGCCGGACAGCAGCAGCGUCUCGCUGCGGCGGGAUGGAUGCGAGCAUCGGGACCGCGGCUCCUGGCAGCACCAGAACUGCAGGGAGAGAGCAACUGGCCACCGGCAACUGCCGCGGGUGCCACCAGCACCGCCGGCACGGGGCCAGGAGCCGGCGGGUGCUCAGCUCCCGGCACCCUGGGGCAGCGCAUGGAGCGGGGCCAAGCGCACCUGA